AUGAAAUACCCUCUCUUCUUCUCGCUUACUGCAAUAAUUCUCGAGCUUGCUGCGACCGCAUCCGCCAGCCCGUUAAUGAAGCGCGUGGAUUCUUGCCCAUCUGGGUACACCUUAAGCGUGUACUAUGAGACUGUGGCUAUCACUUCUGCCACAACAUCGACCCCAACGCCCGUAUUGACUACGGCUACCAGCAUUACCGAAUCUCAUAUCGAAACUCCCACUGCCAUCUACGACGAUGUAGUAUCGAAAUCCUCCAUCCGGACCUCUGUGGCUUCCGUCUCCGAGACCACCACUUCCCAAAGCCAGCAGCAUCUUGCUGAUGUUGCUACAUCGAUUUCAGAUGCUCCCCAGAAGGUGAUCAGUACCACUGUAGUGGCUCCUGUGGAAUCUACUGCAAGCCCAACUUCUUCUACCACUUCUACCACCAUGGUGGCUCCUGUGGAAUCUACUGCAAGCCCAACUUCCUCUACCACUUCUACUAUCACGGCAUCAUCUGCAACUUCAUCUUCAUCGUCUUCUUCAUCUUUGACCGCUUCUUCGUCUACUUCCUUGUCGAGUGAAAUAUCUGGAAAAGCAACCUACUACGGCGGUAACCUCUCGGGUGGAACCUGCUCCUUUUCCGACUACACAUUGCCCAGCAGUCUCUUUGGUACGGCACUGUCAAUUGACCAGUGGGAUGAUGCCGCCAACUGCGGCGCAUGUGUUGCCGUCAAGGGUCCCAACGGCAAUACCAUCAAAGCAAUGAUUGUCGAUCAGUGCCCAAGCUGCGAAACAAACCACUUUGACCUAUUCGAGGAUGCCUUUGGUGACAUAGCAGACAUCUCGGCUGGUAUCAUCGAUAUUGAUUGGGAAUUUACUUCCUGUGAUCUGGACGGUGCCCUGAAGCUGCGCAAUAAAUCCGGGUCAUCACAAUACUGGUUCUCUAUGCAGGUCGUCAAUGCUAAUGAGCCCGUUACCGCUCUCGAGGCUAGUACCGAUGGAGGUAGUACUUGGACUGCUACUACCCGCACAUCCUACAACUACUUCGAGUAUACUUCAGGAUUUGGAACUGAUACUGUUGAUGUGCGCGUGACUGGUAAGAGUGGGAACACAGUUGUAGUGAAGAACGUCUCGUGUUCUACCACUUCGGAGAUUACCGCGGACUCGAACCUAUAA